AUGGGUCACUGUAGUGUUAGUGCUUCCAUCCAACUUGUCUCACUAAUUAUACUGUCAGGAAUUUUAUCCCUUGAAACCAUUAAACUUGGUUUCUGCAAUAAUGAUCAUAAUGUGGGAUGCAUAGAUAUAGAGAGGAAAGCCCUUCUCAAGCUCAAAAAAGACCUCACGGAUCCUUCUGGACGGCUUUCAUCUUGGGUGGGAGAAGAUUGCUGCAUAUGGAGUGGUGUAGGCUGCAACAACAUAACUGGACGUGUCAACAGGCUCGAUCUUGGCAAUCAUGCAUUUGGUGGUGAGAUCAACCCUUCUUUGCUUGUUUUGAAAGAUUUGGACUACUUGGAUUUGAGCAUGAAUUUGUUUGGAGGUGUCUUUCCAAGUUUCAUUGGAUCACUAGAGAAACUGAAAUACCUCGAUCUCUCUGGUUUAUUUUUUGUUGGAGUCAUUCCCCCCAAUCUUGGAAACCUCUCAAGGUUGCUUUAUCUUGAUCUUAAAAGUUAUGGAACUCUUGAAACUGACCUUCAGUGGCUUGCAACUCUUUCUUCCUUAAAAUACCUUAACUUGGAAGGAUUGAACCUUACCAAGGCUACAUCCUAUUGGCUUCCUGCUGUUAAUAUGCUCCCUUCAUUAGUUGAAUUGUAUUUGCCCUCUUGUAGUCUUCCCAUGCUUCCUCUCACUCUUCCUUCCAUCAAUUUCACAUCCCUUUCAGUUCUUCAUCUCUCUGGCAAUAAAUUCACCUCCACGAUACCUCCUUGGUUGUUCAAUCUCACUAAACUAGAGAAUUUGGAUUUCUCAUUUAACAGUCUGACAGGAACAUUGCCUGAUUCUUUGGGACAUCUUAAAAGCUUGAGAUACCUCAACUUGUCGGAUAACUCACUUCAGGGUUCAAUCCCAAAAUCGAUUGGAAAUUUAACAUCUUUGGAGGAGUUUAACCUUGAAUGGAAUCAAAUCAGUGGGAUCAUCCCAGAAAGUCUUGGGGAGCUCUCAUCUCUGGUUUCACUUCGUAUCUCUAGCAACACAUGGGAAGGUGCCAUUACAGAAGCUCAUUUCGUGAAACUUGAAGGCUUGGAAGAAGUAUCAAUUGGAAAUCAUCCCCAAAACAUUUCCUUGGUUUUCAACGUAAGUUGUGAUUGGAUACCUCCUUUCAAAUUAAGAUACUUGGAAAUUAAAUCAUGCCAACUGGGUCCCAAAUUUCCUACGUGGCUUAGAAAUCAGACUCAGUUGACCAAGGUGGUACUCCGUAAUGCUGGGAUUUCAGGCACCAUACCAGAUUGGUUUUUGCAGUUGGAUUUGCAAUUAGAUGAACUAAAUUUCGCUGAUAAUCAACUAAGCGGCAGGGUGCCCAAUUCAUUAAGAUUCAGCUAUGCUUCCACUGUUGAUUUGACUUCAAACCUCUUUGAAGGCCCACUCCCACUCUGGUCCUCAAACAUUGGAUGGCUGUAUCUUAGAGAUAAUCUAUUUUCAGGGCCAAUUCCUCAUAACAUUGGUCAAGUGAUGACCAAUUUGACAUAUCUAGACAUUUCUAUGAACUCUUUGAGUGGAAGCAUUCCCCUGUCCUUUGGUAAUUUAAGCCAAUUACAAUUCAUAUUGAUUGCAAAUAACCUCUUGUCUGGUGAGAUUCCUCAUUUUUGGAACAAUAUACCAUCAUUGGGUUGUAUAGACUUGUCAAACAACAGUCUCUCUGGUACAAUCCCAAGAUCCUUAGGCUCUCUUACUUCACUUGAGUUCUUGAGCCUCUCUAGCAACAACUUUUCAGGUGAAGUUCCUUCCUUGAAAAACUGUACUAACCUGAAUAUUCUUGAUCUUGGUGAUAACAAGUUUUCUGGACCAAUUUUGGCUUCAAUCGGAGAAAGCAUGCCCUAUUUACAGAUUCUAAGCUUGAGGUCCAACUCAUUUAUGGGAAGCAUCCCUUUAAAAUUAUGUGGCCUUCCCGCUCUCCAUAUAUUGGACUUCUCACACAACAAUCUUUCCGGAAAUAUUCCCCACUGCAUAGGUAAUUUGAGUUACUUGAAAUCUGAGUUCACUGAUGAAUAUAACUAUGGUUACUUGGGAAGAUUUGAGUUGGUGUCAAAAGGAAGAGUGUUUGUAUAUGAUUAUCUCUCCAUCCUUUACCUUGUUACUAGCAUUGAUCUCUCGGACAAUAAAUUGUCAGGAGAGAUACCUAUGGGCCUAACAAGCCUUAUAAAGUUGGGCACCUUAAAUUUGUCAAUGAAUCAUUUGACAGGAAAUAUCCCAGCAAAUAUCGGAAACUUGGAGUCGAUAGAAACUCUUGAUCUAUCAAUGAACAAACUUUCAGGUUCAAUUCCACUGAGAAUGGUUAAUUUAACAUUUUUGAAUCAUUUGAAUAUGUCAUAUAAUAACUUGUCUGGGAAAAUUCCAACGGGUAACCAGUUUCAGACCUUUGUUGACCCGUCAAUUUAUGAGGGCAACCCCGGUCUUAGCAGUUGUCCAUUACCAAUUGUUUGCCAAGACAAUGAAGGACCACCUCAAGUUCCAAGUGGAGAUGGAGGAGAGGAUGAUGACAACCUUGAAAAGCUACAGUUCGUCAUCAGCUUGGUGAUAGGUUUCUGUGCAGGGUUCUGGGGAGUUUUUGGGACUUUGGCCAUAAAGAGGUCUUGGAGAUAUGCGUAUUUUCACUUCCUUGACAAAGUGAAAGAUGAUGUCCUUGAUUUUGUCUCAUCCAUUGCAAGGUGCGUGAUCCAGCAUGGAGGUGAGCCUGGUGCUGGAGACAGGUGCGUGAGGGCCGCAGUCUGGGCUCGAGCUGGUCGUGCGCUGGGCUGGAGGCUGGAGCGAAGAGGAGCUGGACCUGCGUGCAACGUGGGCUUGCGCUGGGCAAGCUGGCCACGUGCGCUGGGCCUUCGCAUAGGCAGCGAGCCACGAGCUGGAGCAGGUGCGCUACGUGGGCCAGGCUGGAGCAGGAAGCUUGCUGGGAUGGAAUCGGAUGCGAGCUGGGCUGGAGGCGCGGGCUGGGCCGUGACGACACUGGGCCGCGCCGUGACGACACUGGGCCGCGUCUGCUCAACGACCAUGUCUUCUGAAGGGAGAAGCCGAUCACCAAGCUUGCAAGUGCCCUUGUACCAGUGGGGUGGUUCCCAAGUGCCCAAAAAGAAGUUCGUGGCGAAUUUGCACCGCGUUACCACCGAGGCCCAGUUCAAGACAUGGCGUGCACUUUUUGAUUCCGCCAUUCCCAGGGACGUGCAUGUCAAGUUGGCAGAGCCCUCGUCUGACAGUGUACCUCGUGUGGAUCCGAACAAUCCAGGAGCCAGGAUUAUCACGUUCCGUCCCUUCUAUUUCUCGCUGGGCUUCACAUUUCCAUUGUCAAAACUUUUCAGGGAUGUGUUCUGCGCCAUGGAGUGUGCCCCGAGCCAGUGUACUCCGAACGUUUAUCGGGCGAUCCUCUGCUUUGAGAACUUGAGUCGCUUUUUCAAGCUAGGUCUGACUGUACGUGAAUUCUUCUAUUUCUUCGAGGUGAGGCACUUCGAGAAGUAUGCUCAAGUUCGCGCGUGCCAGCCAAGGUUGUUUGACAGUUUUAGUCAAGGCGAUCAUGUGUGGAGCAAGGACGUGCUAGAAGUCAGUGGCAGAUGGGAAGGGGAGGUUGGCGAUGGUCCGCUCGUUCCUCUCACCUACUGUGAUGGAAAUGCCAUCCGCAAGAAGCUCGUUCUCGACCCGGACAUGACCAAGGUUCAGCAAGCUCUAAACAUCCCUGCCUAG